GACACUGGAGUGAUUUCACUACAGCUGACUGUCCUCAAUGGAGGGGCUCGUUGGCUGGCUGGCCGACUGACUGACUGGGUAUAGGAGUGCCAAUCAGGAGAGGUUUUAUGACACUGACUACAGAUCGAAGUCCACCUGUGGGCCCCGAACAGCCAUCAGUCCACUGGGGCUGUUGGGCCUGACAGUCAGCCUUUCUGUGACUAUCCUACGGUGUCUGUCUGGUCUCCUGAUCUCCUCCAACGAUGAAGAUCAGACUCUGAAGCUCAUGUCCCAUCAGCCAGAAUGGACCUACCGGAUUAUCACCCACAGCAGCCACUUGUCCACCACGCUGGCAGCUACCCAGAGGAUCUGUUAACUCUGGAAGGAUCCUUAACAUCUCAGGAACUAAAGACAGAGCCAGACGGCAGACCAGAGUCAGAGGAGAGCUGUCCCAUCUGUGGAGACAAAGUGUCAGGAUACCACUAUGGACUGCUCACUUGUGAAAGCUGCAAGGGCUUCUUUAAACGCUCGGUGCAGAAUAACAAGCGUUACACCUGUGCAGAACAACAGAGCUGCCCCAUGAACCUUUCCCAGAGGAAACGUUGUCCUUUCUGCCGCUUCCAGAAGUGUUUGUCAGUGGGCAUGAAGCGCGAAGCGGUGAGAGCAGAUCGUAUGAGAGGUGGCAGGAAUAAAUUUGGCCCUCUGUACCGGCGGGACAGGCAGAUGAAACAGCAAAAAGUGUAUCACCAGCCAAACACCGCUCCCUACAGGAUUAAGAUGGAAACUACUCAAACAUACCAGCCCACAGCUCCAAAUGAGCCUCACCUAAUGAGCAGUCACACAAGUGCUCCAUUGUCUUCUGAUGCUUUUCAUCAGUCCCACAUGUAUCCCUCUGGCAUGGGGCAGUCGGAUGCACCCAUGCCUCUGGACUGCACUAUGAACGUAGACAGGGUGCUCCCUCCUCUAUCGCUACCCUACCCUGGACUCUACCACCGCACCUUCCCUGGAUACCUCCAGGAGAAAGGAGAAAUGCCUUUCAGCAACAGCCCGGCUCCCGCAAACUAUGUGCACUCAUGUCCGAACAAUUCAUUCACACCGAGAAGCACGCCAGCAUCAUCGCCCUGCUCAACACCAAGCUCAGCCACCCCUCUCUCCCACCAAGCUCCCACCCAAACCCCAGACAAACACUCAUCAGCCACUCUCACAUCCAGCUUCCUGAGUCAGCUCCUGGAGGGGGAGCAGGAUGAGAGCCAGCUCUGUGCCAAAGUCCUCGCCAGUCUGCAGAGAGAGCAGGCCAACCGGGGCAAACACGACCGCCUGAAUACGUUCAGCAUCAUGUGCAAAAUCGCCGACCAGACUCUGUUUGGGCUUGUGGAGUGGGCCAGGAACAGCACGCUCUUCAAGGAGCUCAAGGUGGAGGACCAGAUGGUGCUGCUGCAGAGUUGCUGGAGUGAGCUGCUGGUCCUGGAUCACCUCUGCAGACAGGUGACCUACAGCAAAGAAGGCUGCAUAUAUUUGGUCACAGGACAACAGAUUGAGGUGUUGACCAUCGUCUCUCAGGCCGGAGUGACACUGAGCAGCCUGGUAUCGAGGACCCAGGACUUAGUGUCCAAACUGAAGGCGUUCCAGUUGGACAGAUUUGAGUUUGUCUGUCUCAAACACUUGGUGCUAUUCAACCCAGAUGUGAAGUCAGUGCAGAGCCGCAGGCAGGUGGAGCAGACACAGGAGAGGGUGAACCGGGCCCUGAUGGAGCACACCCAACAGAGUCAUCCAAGACACUCAGACAAGUUUGGCCAGCUGCUGCUCCGGCUUCCUGAAGUACGCAGCAUCAGCCUGCAGGUCGAGGAGUAUUUGUACCAGCGCCAUCUUCUGGGAGAUUUGCCCUGCAACUCUCUGCUCACUGAGAUGCUGCACACCAAGCACAACUGAGAAGACGCCGCCGUGUCUUGAAGCCCCGGUGACACGAGAAUGGCAAAGCUUGAGUUUGCUGCAGUGGAUUUUUUUGUACCUCCUUAAUGCUCUCUUUAACAGCCCCUUACUGCUUCAAUCACAGAAGUGACAGGGAAAUAUGUGAUCCAGGAUCAGCAUUGAAGGGGAGUAUUUAGUAAACCUGUGUCAUACUUUGCUCCAAGUGCUCAUUAUUAACAGUAUUACCACAGCCAAACAGCCCAGUAAAUACUUGUUGCUGUCAGUAUUGUUGGACACAUUUGAGAUCCAAGCACUACUAUGAUGUUUUUAAUAGUCAGGAAGCACUUAACUGUGAAAAAAAACAAAAGAAAAAUGCAUCAUUGAAUAAAGAAAUUUGGUUUCUG